AUGUUAUAAAGAAUUAAAAUUGUUAGAUCACUCAAUUAGACAUUGAGAUAUCGCUAUGAAUAGCUCUCCGCUGAGCUCUAUUUCCUCAACCAAAGAGAUUGCUAUGGAGCCAAAACACCCAAAUCAGUCAAACUCAAACCAUUGAAAGCAGCCAAUCAAGGAUAUCUGGCGAACAAUCACGAAAGUUCUGACACUUGCUAUGUGACUGGAGUACCCUAUGGUUAAACCAAAGACAAAUUCCAGAAUUACGAUCUCUUCAACAGUCUUAACACUUAGUAUAUCCUAUUCCUCUACUUAGAAUGCAUCCAGAUCUCAUCGUAUUGCAAUUGGAUCCCUCCCCUUAUCUUGCAAGACAACGAUUCCUCGCUCACAAAUGUGCACUCCAAAAUGUGGAAGGCUACGAAAUGUAUGACACUCCCUUGAUUGAUCCCCUCAAACCACAUGCUUGGGAAGAAGCAGUAGUCAAUCUAGUCGUCUUGGAUAUGCUCAAUGCAAAUAAAAACAUGGAAGAUAUCGAUUGGUCUAAAGGUCUCAGUACUUAUUCAUAUGCCAACAUCCAAUCCAAAGAAAUACAAGAAGCUAACAAAAAUCUAUUCAUUCAAACUAUCGACGAACACAUUAUCAACCAUAGAUAUUCAGAAUAUUAUCUCAUUAAUCGUGUCCUCUACACAGCCCUUAUGGGUAAACACAAAGUUCUGUUGGCUGACAUGCCUGAUCAUUUGCACAAAUUAAAUUUGGGUGGCACUCUUGAAAUCCAAGAGGCCAGAGAUCUUUUCAAAUACACACUACAAAAAACUAAAUAAAUGAAUGACAUCCCUAUCACUCUAAGAAAAGCUGCCUAUGAUUUCUUGCCGCAUGUCUUUUAAACCCCUAAGGAUUUGUAUAUGACUGGAAUGUUGAAGAGUGCCUUCGAAGGUUGCGAAACAAUCAACGCCUAUGUGGGAAUCCCUCACUUAGUGCCCAUCAAUAAUUAUUGGGUCGAGGCUCCUCAUGGUAUCAAUUAUACAGAAGCCACUCGAAUCCCACCAAGAAGAACUGGAGAAACAGAUGAAAAUUAAAUUGAAAAAAUGGCACUAUUGGAUGUACUCCUUGAAACCCACACAUGGGCUGAACCCUACUUAAGCAAUCCAUUCCCCUAUGUUGUGGAAGACCUUACACAAGUAUAAAUCAUUCAAAUUAUUCAAAGGCUACAGCCGGAGAUUUGAAGGCGAUGAAAGAAUGCUUCUUACAAUAUUACUAAAAAUAUAGCGCAUAUAAAAAUGAAUUACAAAAGGAAUUGCCCAAUUUGAGGAAUCACGAUAUCAAAUUCAUUGAAUAAACUAGACAAGCCAUACCUGACAUGAAGUACGAAAAAUCCAUUGAGAUCAAAGCCUUAACAAACAAGCAAUUAUAAUAAAGAAAUGUAGAAAUAGUAUAAUGA